AUCUGGUCGUCCUUUCGUUGAUGGAGAGUGGGCCUCCCUCCCCCCGCCAUUUUGUUUUUGAGGGAGCCUCCCAAGGGGAAGGGAAGGGGUCGUCCAUUGAAAGCCGUCAGUUUCCGUCUUUUGGGGCCUUGCUGCGAUGUUUCCCGUGGUCAGGAGCGCCCUGAGCCGCCUCACGGCGCGCAGCGUUCAGCAGACGGCCGCAAGGCAGAUCCACCGGAAACGUGAACCGGAUUUUCAUGAUAAAUACGGUACUGCUAUCUUGCUUGGAGGAGCGAUAUUCUGUGCUGCUGCAUGGACAUAUACCGUGACACAAAUCGGCAUCGAAUGGAACCUGUCCCCUGUUGGCAGGGUCACCCCCAAGGAAUGGAGAAACCAGUGAAGGAUUCCCCUUCACCACCGACGACAGCUUGGAACUGCUUUGAACGCUUAACGCCGAGGGAAGGCCCGUCGUCGCCGUUUGUCGGGAUGGUGUUCCCGAUGUAAUAAAGUACACUGGAAUCCUUC